CACCCCAUUUCCUUCAUCACCUCAACAAAAACCAACUCUCAUUAUCUAUUCUUCAAAUCCAUUAUUAUUAAUCAUAUAGAUAUAGAGUUUGUUGCAUUAAUUCCUCGGGAAAUAUUCAUUCACAAUGAGUCACGGCAAAGCUUUGCAUUUGGUGUUUGGAGUUUUCGGAAAUGCUACUGGUUUGUUUUUGUUUCUCUCUCCAUCGGUUACUUUCAAGAGGAUCAUCAUGAACAGAUCAACUGAGCAAUUCUCUGGCAUACCAUAUGUUAUGACGUUGCUCAACUGUUUGCUCGCUGCUUGGUAUGGGUUGCCUUUCAUAUCACCAAACAACUACUUGGUUUCUGCAAUAAAUGGGAGUGGAGUAGUGAUUGAGUCAGUUUAUGUGCUGAUUUUUCUUGUAUUUGCGCCUAAGAAGGAGAAGGCCAAAAUCAUGGCUCUUCUUUUUGGCAUUCUUUCUAUAUUUUCCACUGUGGCUUUGGUUUCCAUUUUUACCCUCAAACAGGAGAAGAAAAGGCAGUUGUUUUGUGGUUUUGCUGCCACUAUUUUCUCCAUCAUCAUGUAUGCUUCUCCUCUCUCAGUCAUGAGAAUGGUAAUAAAAAGCAAGAGCGUGGAGUAUAUGCCAUUUCUCCUGUCUCUGUUUGUCUUCCUAUGUGGUACUUCAUGGUUUAUUUAUGGCCUCAUUGGUAACGACAAAUUUCUCUACAUUCCUAAUGGAUUUGGGUGUUUUUUGGGAGCACUGCAAUUGAUGUUGUAUGGCAUCUACCGCAAGAAUAAAGAUGAUGUGAAGAAACCUACAAUCGAUGGGAACUUAGAAAUGGGGCUUGCAAACUCUCAGCAGCCCAAGCAGCCAGCCUAUGCUAAAAAUGGUCAACCCUAAUUAUCUUCUUUCAAGAAAAAAAAAAAAAAAAAGACCCCCAACUUAUCUGAUCCUGUGUGUGUGUGUGUGUUGUGUGUAGCUAAUCGGGAUAAUAUAAAUUAUCUUAAUAUUAUGGGGGGGUUUAAUUUGAGUUGAACUCAGUGGUAGAAAUGAAUGUAAUAGUUUCAUACCAGCUUGAGUUAACAAGUGUGCUCUUCACAACCAUGUUGGAGGGCUUAUUUGUAUCGUGCUUUUUUAAAGUUAUAUAAAAUUCCAAUACUAUUUAAUA